AUGAAGGGCCUGGCUGCGCCCAUGCGGCCGUGGACGAUGACAAGGGGGAGCAUGGCACGCCGCGCGCCGCACGCCGAAAUGGCGGCCUGGCAAAUUACAGCCACGUGCAGGCCGCGCGAUUGUGACGGCGGCCAAAUAGGGUCGAGAGUCACCGUACCACGGGUGUCGGACAGAGUAGCGGGUGCAGGGAUGAUGACGGCGGGAGAGGUGAUGGUGAAGGCGGUGACGUUCGAGCUUGCUGGAUGCGGCGUGGACCUGGAUCCGCAGGCAGCAUCCGCGCAGCGCUCGAAUUACAAUCCUGGGCGAGCUCGCUGUUUCCCGCUCGCCGUUGCAGGAAAGGCUGGCUAA